GCACGACAUAAAUUCAUCACAUCGUUGCAGCCUACGUUCGUCCGGAGACAAGAUUCUAGGCUCUAAGGCCUCUUAGUGACUGCUUUCUCGGUGUACGUUGAGACCACGAGAUCGCAUUAUGGUAUGACGCCACUGGCGUGUUGCUCAGAGCAAAAUCUCCGGACUCCGCGGUGCUAAUCUACAGAGCUUUUCUGUCGACAUAACAUACGCUAAACGGAACGUCAAGAUGCCGAGUAAAUACAGUGCCGAGCGCCUCGUAAUACAAGUGAGCGUUGCCUUCGCAGCCUGCGUUAUUCGCCAGUUGGAUGACAUGGCCUGCCCUGUAUAUGCGACUACCAGCAUCACUAUCUGCCAACGUUCAGACUCGAGUCAACCGAUGUCCUCUCUUUGA